AAGCCGGCGGAAGACGUCUGGGCGGGACUUCCGGCGUCUUCCUCGCGGAGGACAUUUUGUCCGCUCCUAGUGGAGCCCUCGGAGCGGAGCUUUGGGAACACUGGUGUGGUUCAGAGUGACGGAAGCGGGAAGGCACGGGAGGAGACCCUGUGCCCAUUGCAGAGAGGCUUGGCGGUGGCAGCGCCCGCGAAGGCUCCCUGGCCAGGGCCAAGCGACGGUGGUGCGUGGAUCCCCACCUGGGACUCCACGGCUCCGUGUGGUCCAGAUUGUGAUGGCGGCGGCCGCGGUGAUGGAUCCUGCGUAGGUUGUUGGUGUGCAGUGGAGGAUGAAGAGGCGCCUUCAGAGCAGAGCAUUUCUGUAGAAGUGUCACAUAGUAUUUCCAAGGCAGGUUCAUCAACCCAGAUGGCUCACCCUUGUGACAUAUGUGGCCCCAUCUUGAAAGAUAUCUUGCACCUGGAUGAACACCAGGAAACACGCCAAGGACUGAAACCUUACACAUGUGGGGCAUGUGGGAGACAAUUCUGGUUCAGUGCAAACUUUCUUCAGCACCAGAAGCAGUACAAUGUAGAGAAACCCUUAAGAAGAGACAAAGGCAAGACCUUGUUGGUUAAGAACUGUAGAGUUUGUGAAGAGCCUCACCUGUCAGAAAAGCCUUUUCCAUGUGAGGAGGAGAACUUCCAGGCCAGUUUGGGCAGUCACCAGCAAAACGCCAGUCACAGCAAGAAGAGGACAAGGAGCACCGAGAGUGGGGAGGCCUCUCACAGUGGACAUAUGCAUUAUAGGUGCAGUGAAUGUGGUAAGGCCUUCAAUCGCAAAGACACCCUCGUCCAGCACCAGAGAAUCCAUACCGGAGAAAGGCCUUACGAGUGCAGUGAAUGUGGGAAAGCCUUCAGCCGCAAAGCAACCCUUAUCCAGCACCAGAGAAUCCAUACCGGAGAAAGGCCUUACGAAUGCAAAGAAUGUGGGAAAGCCUUUAGCCGCAAAGACAACCUUACUCAGCACAAAAGAAUUCACACUGGAGAAAUGCCUUACAAGUGUAGUGAAUGUGGAAAAUACUUUAGCCAUCACUCCAACCUAAUUGUACACCAGAGAGUUCACAAUGGAGCGAGGCCUUAUAAGUGCAACAAUUGUGGGAAAGUCUUCAGACACAAAUCCACACUUGUUCAGCAUGAGAGUAUCCAUACUGGAGAAAAUCCAUAUGUUUGCAGUGAUUGUGGGAAAUCCUUUGGCCACAAAUACACCCUCAUUAAACACCAGAGAAUUCACACUGAGGCAAGGCCUUUUGAGUGCAUUGAAUGUGGGAAAUUCUUUAGUCGAAGCUCUGACUUUAUUGCACACCAGAGAGUUCACACGGGGGAAAGGCCAUUUGUGUGCAGCAAAUGUGGGAAAGAUUUUAUCAGAACAUCCCACCUUGUUAGGCACCAAAAAGUUCACACUGGAGAAAGGCCAUAUGAGUGCAAUGAAUGUGGGAAAGCCUAUAGUUUAAGCUCCCACCUCAUUCGGCACCAGAAAGUUCACACUGCAGGAAGGCUUUAGGAGGGCUUUCAGCGUAGCAACGGGACUCCUAGGGAGAGGAGCUCUGUGAUUAUCCUUUGGGAGGAAGACAUCAAACAGAUCUUGAUUCUCAUAUAUCAGCAUUAACACCAGGGAGAUACCUUAUGAAUGUCAGGUACAGGGAUGUGUUCGUGGGUUGUGCUGCACUUUCAGACAGGUCCUUGACAGAUUUGUCACUCAGUGCUUGUGACUGAAACUAUCUUAUCUCUACCAGUUUAGUUACCAUAAUAUCCUCAGGGAAGGUAGAACUUUGUACUCUCCAGUCCCUGGAGGGAAUUACCAGAAUCCUGAAUUAAAUGGGAUUUCUCAUUUCCUCCCCCACUGACUGAUUCAAGGUGUGGACCUUACUGUACAUCCAAGAGGAUCUGAGCUGUAUUCUGGCUUACAGAAAAGGUUUACUUUCUUCAUGGACAUUGUUGGUCUUGUGGUACUUGUGACAGAUUUUCCAGCCUCCAGUCACCCUACCUGGACUACUACUUAUGUUGCUCUGGUGUCUGUGAUAAUAAAGACCUUCUUAUUAUUUAA